AUGCGAGCCUUCCUCGUCAAGUCUGCGGGCCUUGCGCUCUACGUUCAUGACCUACAAUCAGGAACUCUUACAUUGACACACGAGCGAGCCAACAAGGAGCCGAAGGUACAUAUACUAGAUGAAGAAGACUUCGAUGACGGCGCAGACGAAUUCGAUAUCGCGAUCCUUCAAAAGCUGGAAUCCGGCCUCGAAACCAGCGCAGUAGGGCUCAGCCUACGCUUGGUCAAGAACGAUGGAGUGCUCAAGAUAGCCUAUCGAGGUAAGGGCGGUGGAGUCGUGGAUUGGAAACUACAGGGUUUAGACGAUGGCAAGAUGGUGGCAUCUGCUUCUACGCAGACUGAUCCCCAAAUUCCACCGGGCCAAGGGGACAUGAAGACCGUGCUACCGAGAUUGUCCAUCAGUAUGAUUCAGAGGACGACAACAAAUCCCACGCCAGAACGCAUAGAGACCCCAGUACCGAGACUGUUCGUCAGUAAGCUUCAGACGAUGACAACCACACCCACGUCGGAACGUGUUGUUCAGCCUCCACUUUCAGGACUCAGCAUCAUCUCAACUAUAGAAACUCACCCCGUUGGAGUCUCUUUCAAGCGCCGAAAACAAAUACCGGCAUCCCACGCAACCGGAAUGAGAAAGAGCGACCCCAAGCACCGCCUGAUCCAAGUUUCAUCCCAGCCCAUCAACCGCAAGCUCGCAAGAGAUCCAGAAAAUCUCACACCGUGGCCAAAUCACCUCUUCAUGGCAGUCAACACGAACCAAGAGAGAAUUGUCUUCUUUGCUGCAGACUGCUCGGCUCCCGGAUAUCAGAUAUGGGGCUCAGAUAUCUACCAGAGCCUCGAUCCUAUUGGGCACUAUAGUUCGGGACCACACAAAUCAAUAAGCAUUCCGACCCUACCAGCUGAGACGACCAUGCGCUUUACGUCGCCUUCCGUCAUCAUCCGCGCACUCCGCGACUGCAUCAACCGCGCAUCUCCGUGCACAACAGUCAGUGAGCCGAUUGCCGAGCCUGAUCUACUCGAGGUUGUUGAGCGGGGUCUGCGAUACCAGAGCGUGGGGUCUCUGAAUACAGCAGGUAUGGUGAAGUGGAUAACUGCCAUUCAGGAGAUGAAGAAGAGGGAGGCGUUGAAGAGGAAAGCAAAGCUUGCGAAGGAAGAGAACGGAAAUGUGUCUCUCAAGAGAGGACUGGAUGUCGUGGAAGAGGAGAGGGAAGACAAGAAAGUUAAAGUUGAGAGUGGCGUUGCGGAUGAGAUGAAGCUGGACAGUAAGUGGUUGGAGGAAGUUUAA